UCUUUCGUUGUCGGUCUCCGGGAGUAAACGCUCUGCACGACGAGCUUCUGCUUCGGUCGGCGAUUGGCGAGCGAGAGGGAAUAGUGCGGGAGCUUUGGUCCGUGAGCCAUGGCGGCCGCCUCUCAGUUCCUGUGCUCUGGCGUCAAGCCUCUCCACCUAGAUGUCACUACCACUAGAAGCACUGGUCGCCGUCGAACGCCCGUCGUGCGCUUCAAGCCUCGGAGAUUCCGAUUUUUCGCUGUCUCUACUGAGCCGAAGCCCGCUAAUGGUGGACUUUCACCUCGAGCCAAUUCGUCUCCGAACUCCAAUGGAACUACGAAUAGGUUCGGGAAUGUAUCGGAGGAGAUCAGGCGGGUUCGGGCGCAAAUGGAGGAGGAUGAGCAGCUGGCGACGUUAAUGCGAGGGCUUCGUGGGCAGAACCUCAGGGAUUCCCAGUUUGCGGAUGAGAAUGUCCAACUCCGUCUUGUUGAGGUACAAGCAAAGGAGAGCAGUGAGACACUGCCCUUAAUCUAUGACCCUGAUAUCAUUUCAGGAUACUGGGGAAAGCGUCCAAGAGCUGUUGCAACACGUAUUAUACAGUUGCUCUCUGUUGCUGGUGGGUUUCUUUCCCAUUUGGCCGCCGAUCUGAUAAACAAGAAGAUUAAAGAGAAUGAAGUUGCAAGGGCCAUUGAAUUGAGGGAGAUCGUGACAUCUUUGGGUCCAGCUUAUAUAAAACUUGGGCAAGCAUUGAGCAUUCGUCCUGAUAUCUUAUCUCCUGCAGCAAUGACUGAACUACAAAAGCUCUGCGAUAAGGUUCCUUCUUUUCCAGAUGAUAUAGCAAUGGCCCUUAUCAAAGAAGAACUUGGUCAGCCAUGGCAUGAAGUCUACUCUGAGCUUACUUCCUCCCCGAUUGCUGCUGCAUCUCUGGGGCAAGUAUACAAGGGACGCCUAAAAGAAACUGGCGAGUUAGUUGCUGUCAAAGUGCAAAGGCCAUUCGUACUCGAGACAGUUACUAUUGAUCUAUUCAUUAUCCGAAAACUAGGAUUGGUGUUGCGAAGGUUUCCGCAGAUCUCCGUUGAUGUUGUUGGAUUGGUAGAUGAAUGGGCUGCUCGCUUUUUUGAGGAGCUUGAUUAUGUGAAUGAAGGAGAAAAUGGAACUCUCUUUGCUGAAAUGAUGAGAGAAGACCUUCCUCAGGUUGUCAUACCAAAGACUUACCACAAAUAUACAUCAAGAAAAGUCCUUACAACACAAUGGAUUGAUGGAGAAAAAUUAUCACAAAGUACAGAAAGUGAUGUUGGCGAAUUGGUCAACGUUGGUGUCAUAUGCUACCUAAAACAGCUACUGGAUACUGGCUUCUUCCAUGCUGACCCUCAUCCUGGAAAUAUGAUACGUACCCCUGAUGGGAAACUGGCUAUACUAGAUUUUGGUCUUGUGACAAGGUUGACUGAUGAUCAAAAGUACGGAAUGAUAGAGGCGAUUGCUCAUCUUAUCCACCGUGAUUAUAAAGCUAUAGUUAAGGACUUUGUCAAGCUUGAUUUCAUUCCUGAAGGGGUUAAUUUGGAUCCGAUCUUGCCUGUCUUGGCUAAAGUGUUUGAUCAGGCCCUUGAAGGAGGGGGUGCAAAAAAUAUUAAUUUUCAGGAGUUAGCUUCUGAUUUGGCCCAAAUAACAUUUGAUUAUCCAUUUCGGAUACCCCCUUAUUUUGCUUUGAUCAUCAGAGCUAUUGGUGUAUUAGAAGGCAUAGCAUUGGUUGGAAAUCCUGAUUUUGCUAUUGUGGAUGAAGCAUAUCCAUACAUCGCACAGCGACUUCUAACUGAUGAAUCCCCAAGGCUGAGAAAUGCAUUGCGGUAUACUAUAUAUGGGAAAUCAGGAGUAUUUGACGCUGAAAGAUUCAUUGAUGUCAUGCAAGCCUUUGAGAAUUUCAUAACUGCAGCUAAAAGUGGAGGCGGGGAGGACCUGAAUGGAAAUAUGGCUGAGCUUGGAGUUAUACAAACCAGCUUUUUAGCUUCGGGCUUUCCAUCUAUAAUUUCUCAGCCUCAGCAGCCAAUUAAGACGAGAGCAGCACUGGCAUUUCUCCUCUCUGACAAAGGGAACUUCUUCCGUGAAUUUCUAUUAGAUGAGAUUGUUAAGGCAAUAGAUGCUAUUUCAAGAGAACAAUUGGUGCAGAUAGCGACAGCCUUGGGUAUACGAAACUCAGCACCAGUUUUCAGUAUGGUUCCUCUCAGACGUGCGGCGUUGCUACCUACCAUAACUGAGGAGGAUAAAGUUAUUCUGAGCAACGUUGAAAAAGUAGUAAAAUUUUUAACAUCUGAAACUACAUCAUCAUUGAAUCAGGAUGUAAACAUAGUCUACAUUGUCCAAGAGCUUCUCCCAGUCUUGCCUGGCAUCUCUGCAAAAUUUCUCCCUGAAGUGAUGAGCCGGUUAUCUUCUAGAGUGCUUGCCCGGUUGAUCAGGGAGACAUUUUUGUAGUGCAUAGAAGCCUCAGUUUUCCUUUCCACAGGUAACAGACCCAACUACUAUUACAGUUAUAUAUAAAUUUUACACUUUUACGUCACUGAAAUUCCUUAAGCGAGAUCAUCGUCAUCAUUAUUAUUGUAUAAUGUAUAUUAUACGACAACUAAUUAAUAGCAACAAAAAUAGAAUAUCUGAUAAUGAA